AAGCGUUGCGUAGAGAUGAAGCCAGAGCGACGCGCGCGAGCUGCACCGACACUUCAAACUGUCACUGAGGUAAUGCGCGAGGCAUGCAGGAGGCAUUCAGCUUGCUCACUGAGAUACUGUGACUAAAACGGGAGACACAUGGCGGAAGACGGAUGGCAAACUUUUUUUUAAACAUUAUCCUUCUUUUUAGUGCUUGGACAUACCCGACUCAUUUUGGCGUGCCUCUGAUUCCUCAUUAAGCCGACUUUCUCCAUUCAGGAAUGUAACAACGGCACAACAACAGACUCCAUCCUUUAUCAGGGUAGUUGUUGCACUCAAAUUCUUUUUGCAAACUUGUGAAAACUGCGAGGGGAAACUGGCACAACGCCGCGCGCUGCUACGUGUUCACUGGAGAUUUAUAUUUAAAGCUUGCGCUCCGUGGAGGGUUGACCAUCUGGGUAACCUAGAUUUAAGCAUUCCAAUAUAUUUGUUUUAUAAGCACUUGGUGAGAAUUAAUAGCGUUUUUAUUCGUAAUUUGAACUUUAGAAUAUUUAAAAUAUUAUAACUGAAUAAUUGUUACUCAGAUAGAUAUAAUUUAUAAAAGCACACUAUUACGCAGCUUUUUCAUAUUGUCAGAUCAAUCUAUUUGUGACACCAUUGCUCGCGUUUUUUUUUCCACUAGGCGUUUGGUUUGUUUGUUGUUUUAGUUUUAGUUUUUUCCUUUCACGUUAUCUGUCUUCUACAAAACGUUCAGAAGUUGAUAAUUUAGCGACAGAACCAUAAAAGAUAAUUUAUCAGAACCAUAAAUUAUAAUUUAAUAGAUGUAAUCUCUCUGACAUUUAAUUUUCUUUUUCAUGGCUGUCUUUUAAAUUAAAUUGCACGUUUCCAUAACUGUUCAAUAACCCAGAUGACGCUUAUUCCAAAUUUGACGCAAAUUAAUAAUGUAUCUACACUCGACGAGAUGUGACGUAACAAUGACUGACACAAUCUUUUCGCAAGUGAGCGAUGUAUUCAUUCGAUUAUACGUAAAAUCUUUUAAUUUCAACAAAAUACAUUUUACUAAGUUCUUAGAAGAAGAAGAAGAAAGAUAAAACAGCUAAACGAAAUCAUUACAUUUAUAUUGCCCACAUUUGGAUUACUAAUAGAGAAGGUUAAUCCACGUGUAUUCUCAGUUGCCGCCUUGUGGCAGUCAUGGCAAGCGCGUGCUUGGCAGGCACGAGUCUGCAUGGCCACAACAUCAGUGGCACUGGAGGCACAUCUUCACCGACUUGUAACCAGAGUAUGUUAAAACCCCCUCCGUACACCCCAGAAGCCACAGCAGCCUUUGCAACAGCCAUCACACUGAUGAUUCUUUUUACAAUUGUUGGCAAUAUUCUGGUCAUCAUAGCUGUUUUAACUAGCCGCUCGCUCAGAGGACCCCAGAAUCUCUUCUUGGUCUCCCUUGCAGCUGCAGACAUUUUGGUGGCCACCCUCAUCAUCCCAUUUUCACUGGCCAAUGAACUGAUGGGCUACUGGUAUUUCCGCACUGUAUGGUGUGAGAUUUACCUGGCGUUGGAUGUGUUGUUCUGCACUUCCUCUAUAGUACACCUGUGCGCCAUCAGUCUAGACCGCUACAUGUCUAUCUCACGUGUCACAUACGGCCCAAAGAGGACGCCCAAACGCAUCAAAUGUUCCAUUUUGGUGGUGUGGCUGAUCUCAGCAGUCAUCUCCUUCCCACCACUACUCUCCAUGAACAAGAACAAAGGGGAAUCAGGUGGGCUGCCACAGUGUGAGCUCAACAAUGAGCGCUGGUACAUCUUGUACUCUACUAUUGGUUCCUUCUUUGCUCCUUGUCUGAUUAUGAUCUUAGUCUACAUGCGGAUCUACCAGAUCGCCAAGCAGCGCACACGAUGUCCACCAGGGGAGCCCCGCAAAGAGGUCCCGGCCAAUGCCGCAACUCCUCAGCACAAGGUCCACACGGAGGGUCUACAAAAUGGAAGAGGAGAUGAAACGCCCUCUACCUUGCAGAAAAAAAACAGGCCUCCGACUCUGGCUGUGUCCCAAGUGGAGUCCACCGAGCAGACCGCGAGCCCCCCAGUCUCCAAAAAACAUCUGCAACCCCCUUUGACAACCCUGACACCGACCACAUCGUGCCCCUCCCCGUCUCCUUCAAAUUCAUCCGAAAUGGCUCCUAAUAAACCUAAAGAGGGGAAAAAGGCGAAGAAGACCAUGAAACAGCCUGACAACAAUAACGGAGAGAGCAUGAGCUCUGACUCAGACACUGAGCAAGGUGGGAGGGGGUUAGAGGUCCCCUGUACCCCGGGCAUGACACCCAUAGGCAUCCAUUCCCCCGCCACCAUCCAGAAAUACAGAGACAUGAUCGCCACCACCAAAGGGGCCAAAUUGGUGACCCGGAAGACGAAGCAGGAAGGAACACCCAACUCCGCACGGCGCAAAGCUAUGGUGAACCGAGAGAAGCGCUUCACCUUUGUGCUGGCGGUGGUUAUUGGCGUCUUUGUCAUCUGCUGGUUCCCUUUCUUCUUCUCGUACAGCCUACAAGCUGUGUGCCCGGAGACGUGCGCCUUGCCAGAUCCGCUGUUUAAGUUCUUCUUCUGGAUCGGCUACUGCAACAGCUGCCUCAACCCGGUCAUCUACACCAUCUUCAACAAAGACUUCCGCAGAUCCUUCAAAAAGAUUCUCUGCAAGAACAUCAAAGGCACAUUCUUCUGAAGCUCCUGAAGUGAAUCAUCUUCUCAGACAACAA